UCCACUGUUUAUAAAUCAUAUUAUAUUUGUAAAACGUAAAAAACGCCAAAUUCGAAAGCCAAAUUCAGGCUGAAAGUCGAGCCUGGCUGUGCCCCUAGUGACUCCACACACGUGUGCCUGCUCCCCAUCCCCAUUUGCUGUUUCAGUGGCGCAGCAUCUGAAGGUGAAGGACACCACAGUACGCAGAAGGACAGUACUCAGAAGGACACAAGGACAGGACCCUCAAUGGACACGUGCAAUCACAAGGUCGACAGCGAGAAUCAAAAUUGUGACAUGACCCCAGCCUCGCCCCUGCUCUACGCCAGUCUGAAUGUGCUGCCCGACGAGAUUCUCGAGUUCAUCUUCACCUACCUACCACCCUACGGGGACCUGGAGCACUGCAGCAUCGUCUGCAAGCGCUGGCAUGCCAUUGUCAAGAAUCUCGUGCGCCGCUCCAAGUUCAACCUCGAGAAAGGCCUGACCGACUUUCGGCUGCGCUGGGAAGUCUUCUCGCCACAAACGGCCGCCGCUGCGAGCAGCUCACCCGUGGCCUUUAUUGCUGGACGCUUUGCCCACUCGGCUGUGCGUCAGCGCAACUCCAUGUAUGUGUUCGGCGGCGGAUCCACCUCGGACACCACCUUCAACGAUCUCUGGCGCUUCGAUCUGACGCACAUGCGCUGGGCACGGCCUGUGGCCACGGGCACCUAUCCUUCGCCCAAGGGCAGCGCCUCCAUGGUGGCCUGGAAGGACCAGCUCGUGCUAUUUGGCGGCUGGCGCUACCCCUCGCUGCAUCCGCCCUACCAGCCGUGGUGCCUGUUCGACGAGCUGCACUACUACGAUCUCGGAAAGAAUCGCUGGUUGCUGCGGAACACCAUGCCCUGUCCGCCGCCCAUGGCUGGCCACUCGGCCACGGUGCACGGCGACCGCAUGGUGGUGUUCGGUGGCUACCAGAUCACAGACGAUGUCAACAUCAACUCCAACGACACUUGGGUGCUGGACCUGCCCGAGCAGCGCUGGUGGCAGCCUCUCUUCGUGGGCAACACGCGGCCCAGUGCGCGAUACGGACAAAUCCAGAUCGAGCUGGACAAGAAUCAUCUUCUGGUCGUGGGAGGCUGUGGCGGAGCCAAUCGGGUCUACACGGACGCCUGGCUCUUGGACAUGACGAGAGAUGUGUGGUCGUGGAAGACGCUGACGGUUCGCAACAAGCGCUUCGGGGCCGUCCACAUGUGGUGCAAUCCCGGCUGCAAAGUCAACAACUACCUCGUGGUGGUGGGCCCCUCGCCCAACAUGCCGCAAGACUUUCAAAUGAUGAAGCAGAGUCGGGUGCCCGUGGUCGGCGGACGCGGCCCGCCGCCACCCAAUCCUCACCAGAAUAUGCCACAGCGGGGCCAGCGUAUCCUGAUGCCAGAGCGCCGACUAGCCGGCGGCCUAGGAGGCGGCUUGGGCCAAAACCGAGCGAAUCGUGUGGUGGCGGGCGGAGGAGCUGGCGGCGCUCUGGCUCCGCAGGAACAGUAUUUGGCCAAUCGACGGGCCAUUCUCAACCAGCACAUGCAGCAGGCGCAGCAGUUCAUGCACAACAACAAUGUGAACAACAACAAUAACAAUUAUCAGCCACGAUCCGGUCGCUUGAGCGAUUUGCACGCGCCCCCAGCCCCGGCCCCACCCGCCGCAGCCCCUUCGCCACCCUCACCGCCAGUGCGCGCUCCCUCGCUGGCCGCUGCCGAUGGGGACGUGGAUGCCGCCCAGCGUCUUCAGCGCAAUCUGGCCCUGCGGUGUCGCGACAACGAGCCGCGACUGCCCAAGCGCUUCGAUGAGAUGUACGAGGAUCCCUUUCGAAUGGCCGCCUUCAAUGUGCCCACGCGGUCACGCAGCGCUUCGCGAGAUCACAAUGAACGCAUCCGCCGCAUGGAAGAGAAGAUGAAUGCCAUACGGAACUCGCGGCGGAGCGCGCCCGCCGCCGCCCAGGUGGAGCCCCAGCCGCUGCGCGCGCCCUCCCCGAAGCGACUGCGCUGUAAUGUGCAAUCCCUGUUCGUGUGCGACAUCUCGAGCAUACUCAGCAGCAGCGAACCCGCCCUCGACUGGGUGGAGUACAAGAACUUUGGCGUGUUGCGGGGAGCACCCGAUCGCCUCAUCCUGUCCAGCCUCAUUGCCGGCAAUGGCGAGCUGAUUCUGUUCGGCGGCGUCCACAAGGAGACCCUCACAGACAUCACACACCACGUGUCCAAUUCCAUACACUUCCUGAGUUUUCCCCGUGAUAUUAUUUAAGCUCGGAUCGGGAUCGGGACUUGGACCGGGAUUCCGGCCAGCCAUACAAUAGCCAGCAGACACGAUAGCCAAUGUCUGUGUCUGUUGGUAUGUCUAUGUUUCCCCCUCCCAAACCUAAACCUAAACCUUAACCUAUACCUAAGCUAACGGCAGCAGCCAACUGCUGCUGCCACUCCAAACUCCUUCAAAGAAGUUCGGGCAGAGUUCACUUAGACCGUUUAUUGAGUGUAAUGGAUUAAUGGAUGAGUUGUAUGAUUAAACAUGGUUACCUACUUAAAUUAAAGUAUCCUCCCAUAUGUUACCCUAA